AUGGCUGACGACGAAGAAAAUGAUCCAACUGCACCAUUUAAUGAAUUAGAAUCAUUUGAUUCGAUUUGGGAAGCUUUAAAAUGGCAACAAAUUAAAAAACGUAUCCCAAUUUGUUUUAAAAAAUCUCUUUAUAAUCGAUAUUUUUUUGCUAAUCUUGUCUAUCUUUUCUAUGCAAUUGGUAUUCUUGUUAUUGAUUAUGAUCCAUGGCUCAACGGGUCAGCAGAAGAAGUUAUUGAAGAGCUUGUUUGUAUAUGUAAUGAUACUCUUUUAGUAUCAAAUACAACUGAAAUAAUAAAAGGAGACACAGAAACAGGUAUAUCCAUCACCAAUCGAAUGUAUCUCGCAUUGGCAAUUAUACAUCUUAUUUCUGCUUCAUUGUAUUGGUGGGCAUGGAGAGAUCAUCGUUGGAAUGAUCUUAUAAUGAUACCUGAAUAUUUAAAUCAUAUUGAAGCUGGAUUAUAUUUAUGGGGUGCUAUUUGGUAUCAAUAUGAAGAAGAUGAUUUAUUUGGUUAUCAUACAUUAGCACUUCAUAAAAUUGAAACUACUGCAGCUUUUGUUGAAUUAUUUGCUUCAUUCGGAUGGAUAAUGUCAUGGUAUCGAACAUAUACACGAGCAAUUGGUCGUGGUUAUACAUUAGAUGAUCCCGAUACAGUUGCAUAUCUUUUAACAACUUUAAGUUCAUUUAUUUAUAUAGCAUAUAAUAUUCAAAUUUUAACUCAUCCAGAACAAUAUGGAUCAAAUACACUUUAUUACAAUGGUGAUAUUAUUUAUUUUAUUGGUUCAGUUUUUUAUUUAUGGGCAAAUUUACGUGAUGAUGGAUGGUUAUGGUGGAUGCCUGUUUCUGGACAAUAUGGAAUUGCCGCUGGUAGAAUUGAAACAGGAAAACCAAUUAAAGCAGGUCUACCACAUGUAUUAAUGUGUGGAAAUGAUCCAUGUUUAACAUGUUGUAGAAAAUUUACAAAACGUGAUAUAGAUAAUAGUGUUACACCUAUCGAUGACAAUAAUAUUCCAAAACAAGUGUGA